AUGACCGAGGGCAACCACAGCGUGGUGACCCAGUUCAUCCUCCUGGGACUGACGGAUCGGCAGGAGCUGCAGAUGCCCCUUUUCGCGUUGCUCCUGGUGUCCUAUGUUCUGACGCUGGUGGGGAAUCUUGGGAUGAUUGUGCUGAUCAAGGUGGACCCCCAACUCCAUACCCCCAUGUACUUCUUCCUGAGUAACCUCUCCAUCGUUGAUCUCUGCUACUCCUCGGUCUUCACGCCCAGGAUGCUGGGGAGCCUCCUAGCGGGGAGUAAAAGCAUUUCUUACUCGGCCUGCCUCGCCCAACACUUCUCUUUUGUCGUGUUGGUCACCACCGAAGGGUUCCUGCUGGCCGCCAUGGCGUACGACCGCUACGUAGCCAUCUGUCACCCCCUGCAUUACGCUACUGUCAUGUCUAAGAAAGUCUGUGUUCUUCUAGUGACCAGCUCCUACGCAGGGGGGCUCGUGAAUUCACUGACGCACACCGGCGGCUUGCUGCAGCUGUGGUUCUGCGGGCCCAACACCAUCGACCAUUACUUUUGCGACACGAACCCCUUGCUGAAGCUGGCCUGCUCUGAGAAGCACGUGCAGGAGAUGCUGCUGGUAACGUUCUCUGGGGUGAUUGCCUUAUCCACCCUCCUGACUGUCGUCAUCUCUUAUCUGUGCAUCCUCCUCUCUAUCCUGAGGAUCCGCUCCGCCGAGGGCAGGCGCAAAGCCCUCUCCACCUGCGCCUCCCACCUGACCGUCGUCACCAUGUUCUAUGGGCCCGUGAGCUUAAGCCACAUACAGCCCGGUGCCAGCUACUCCCUGGCGCAGGAGAAAGUCUCUUCCGUGUUUUAUACUCUGGUGGUCCCCAUGCUGAACCCCCUGAUCUACAGCCUGAGGAACAAGUUGGUUAAAGAUGCGCUGAGCAGGGUGCUAGACUGGAAACGCGUCCCCAGCUAAUUCAUUCACCAGGACAAUUCUAGCCAAUGGGGAAGAACAGUGGGAAGAAGGGUGGGACUAUAGGUUGUGUGGUCCAAAUGUUGUACAGGAAUGAAAGAAAAUGCAAAAAGCAGAUGUAGCAAAUGGUAAUUGCUUGAGAGGAACAAUGUUAUCUAGUGUCAUAAGAACAUCUGAAUGGCC